AUGGACGAGACGCUCUCGCUGGGCGACCUGAAGGACGCGCUUAAGGAGACGCUCGAAGCGCGGGGCUCGCUGGGUCCGAUCAAAGCGCGGCUGCGCGCCGAGAUCUUCCAAGCCUUGGACGAGGGCGGCGUGAAGCCCAAGCUCUCGAACGAAAACCUGAUCAUCAACGAACUUAUCCGCGAGUACUUGGAGUAUAACGGGUAUCGCCACACGCUCUCGGUCUUCCUGCCCGAGUCGGGCCAGCCACUCGAGCGCCCAUUCCAGCGCCGCUUCCUCGCCCACGAGCUCCACAUUGCGGAAGACCCGCGCUACAACCAGAUCCCGCUGGUCUACGGCAUCGUCGCAGCGCUCCAAGACGCACGCACAACUGCCGAGAGUCCUCCUCGCGCCGACGCACGUCCAGCGACGCCACCGACGUUUGCAGUUCCGACGCUGUCCAUGAUGUCCGAGGUGGUACCGGACGCAUCGGGCAAUCAUCUCGAGAUGCCAGCGUCGGUCGCUCUCGAGACACGCCCCCCCGUCGCCCAGGCGUCGCCCGCUGCGGUUCUCUUUAUGAAUUAA